GUAAAAAAAAAAGUGCCAGCGCAGUUUGGAUCCUUGGUCCCCACCAGAAGCCAGGUGUCCAUUGACCCCUCCACCAAGCACCAAUCAGUGCGAAAAGCCGCCGCUGGCUCCUGACUAAGAAGGGAAAGGCGCGAUCCCUUUUCCAAAAAGUGACACGGCUUGACCUCUUUGCCUCGAGCAAUCACCAUCCGACCCUGGCGAGCGGUGCGAAUAAUUCCCAGUGGCCGAGCCUGUUAGCAGCUUCUAUUUCAAUAGUCGAAUUUCUACGAGCACGCUUUUGAUUCAUUCUCCGACAGGCGACGAAAGGCGGACUGCCCAUCUAAGCACUAGGCUCGACGAACCGAACGCAUAAAGGGGGACACAUAAUUGCUCUGUUUGACGGUUCGAGCCAUCGUCUUCAAGAUGAUGCCCAAACACCAUGCUGGCGGUUUCGCCAAUGGAUACCCGCGAAAGGACACAUUCGAUCUCUCGCCUCAUCGGUUUCAACCUCGCACUUCCGCACCCGCUUCCCGACGACGCAGAAAGAUGUUUGUUAGAAUUGGAGCUAUCGCUGCAGUUUUGAUUGUUGUAUCUAUCUGGUUGUGGCCUACGAGUCCCAUCGCAUCCAUCUUUUCGCUGGGCUUGUUGUCAGCUGCAGGCGACCUCGACCUUGAAACUGUCCGAUACUACGAUUUGACAACCGUGCAGGGCACUGCCCGCGGAUGGGAACGCGAAGAGCGCAUCCUCAUGUGCGUUCCUCUUAGAGAUGCAGAGGGCCAUUUGCCUAUGUUCUUCUCGCAUCUUCGAAACUUCACCUACCCUCACAAGCUUAUCGACCUCGCAUUCCUCGUUUCCGAUUCCAAGGAUAACACACUGAGCACCUUGACCCAGAUGCUGGAGGAAAUCCAGGCAUCGGAGGACCCCGGACAACCGUACGGUGAAAUUUCCAUCAUUGAGAAAGAUUUUGGCCAAAAGGUGAAGCAGGAUUUCGAGAGCAGACACGGUUUCGCUGCUCAGGCUCCUCGCAGAAAGCUUAUGGCUCAAGCCAGAAACUGGCUCCUUAGUGCUGCUCUUCGCCCGUAUCACUCAUGGGUCUACUGGCGUGAUGUCGACGUGGAGACCGCUCCCUUCACCAUUCUCGAAGAUUUGAUGCGUCAUAACAAAGACGUCAUUGUUCCUAACGUCUGGCGACCCCUCCCUGAUUGGCUCGGCGGUGCUCAACCGUACGAUCUUAACUCUUGGCAAGAGUCCGAAACCGCACUGCAGCUUGCCGAUACACUAGAUGAGGAUGCAGUCAUUGUUGAAGGCUAUGCCGAGUAUGCCACUUGGCGCCCUCAUUUGGCCUACCUUCGUGAUCCCUACGGAGACCCUGAUAUGGAGAUGGAAAUUGAUGGUGUUGGUGGUGUUAGUAUUUUGGCCAAGGCCAAGGUCUUCCGUUCUGGCGUCCACUUCCCGGCUUUCAGUUUUGAGAAGCACGCUGAAACAGAAGGCUUCGGCAAGAUGGCCAAGAGAAUGCAGUACUCAGUUGUCGGUCUUCCUCACUACACCAUUUGGCAUUUGUACGAGCCUAGUGUCGAGGAUCUGAAGCACAUGGAGGAAAUGGAGAAGGAAAAGCAAGCGAAGGAGGCUGAAGAGAAGGCCAAGCUUGCCAAACAAAAGAAGCUCGAGGAAUCCUUCAGUGACACCAAACCUGAAUGGGAGAAGGAUAAGGCCAAGAUUGCAAAGCAGCAAGCUGGUGGCCAAGGUGCUGCGGCUAAGGCUGCCGGUGUUGGCAAGGAAGCAUAGAACAUGAUUAUGCCGCUGGCGGUGUUGGACGCAUAAAAGGACAAAAAUCUGGGUUUUGCAUUUUGUUUGGCUUCUACAAGUUUUCUACUGGCUGUUUGGGAAGACUGUUGUCUCAAUCAUUUUAAUUUCUUAUAAGUUAUUCGUUUCUAUUUUGUAUUAUAGCACACGACGGGAGGCAGCCAUACACUUACUUGUGCGGGGGUCAGCUAGGCAUAUUUGCUUCUGGCGGCGUUUAGACGUAUUCCAAUGUUUUUACGAUGUUAGUUUGUGUUGUAAUCAAU